CCGCCAUUAGUAAAAAGCCGACAGUGCUUGCAUCAGCGUGUGGACAGGGUAAACUUUUACUAGCAGCUUCUUGUCUUGUUUUAAAGUAAUUAUAUUAUAAGCCAGUCGUCAAACCGAGCAUAGAGGAGCAGCUACCGAGGGCCAAAUGAAGCUGUAUGUAAGUGAAGGAAACCCGCACUGCCUGAAGGUGUUAGCUGCUUUAGAAGUGACAGGAGUUCAGUGUGACGUCCACUAUGUCAACCACGAAGAGAGAGUGGUGCCCUACCUUAGCCGUCCAGCCUUGCCAGCUCUGCUCCUGCCCAGUGGGCUGCACCUUUUCAGCUCCAAUGCCAUCUGCCGAUAUCUGUUUGAAGUGAGUGGAAAAGACUGCACUGAACUUUGUGGUCAGUGGCUUGAAUGGGAGGCCACAGAUCUUCAGCCAGCACUGCUGCAGGCUCUUCACAUGGCGGUGCUGCAGGGUAAAGGAUCCGAUGUGUCCAAGGUCCUCCAGGGGCCACUAAACUACUUGGAGCAAAGCUUAAGCAAGGGGAACUUGCCAUAUUUAACUGGGGAUGCUGUUUCAGCCGCUGAUGUUGUUCUGUGGGCCGCACUCUACCCCGUUUUAUCUGACUCUUCACAAGCAUUGGGUGAACGCAAGUUUGUGAAGACUUGGUUUGACCGUGGGGCUGUUAUGCACAGUUUACAGUCUGCUGCUCAGAAAGUGCUGCAGGGAAAAGGCCUGCAGGGCACGAGGAGCUACAUGCAGAAGCAGCCUGCCCCUCAAAGCAACCAAUGCAGAGACACACAGCCAUGCAACAGCAGCCCUGCUGAGGGUGAGGAAAGUGAGCGUUUGGUUUCCGAAGAGGAGAUGGAGGCAGCUGCUCUCACCUGGAGUAAAGGUCUGAACUCCUGUCAGUCAGAUACAGACAGACAGCACCCCAUUUUGCCAAAGGAGGGCAAGAGAAACCUCCUUCUGACCAGUGCCUUGCCCUAUGUCAACAACGUCCCCCACUUGGGUAACAUCAUCGGCUGUGUUCUCAGCACUGACGUCUUCAGCAGGUACGGCCGUCUGCGAGACUGGAACGUGCUGUUCGUGUGUGGCACAGACGAGUACGGCACAGCUACAGAGAACAAGGCCAGAGAGGAGGGUCUGACUCCGCAGCAGAUCUGCGACAAGUACCACACCAUUCACGCUAGCAUCUACAAGUGGUUCCAGAUCGACUUUGACUUUUUUGGCAGAACCACAACCGAGAAGCAGACAGAGAUUGCCCAGGAUAUUUUCUGGCGACUCCACAAGCAGGGUUUCCUGGUGGAAGACACGGUGGAGCAGCUGCGCUGUGAAAGCUGCCAGCGCUUCCUGGCUGACCGCUUCGUAGAAGGCAUCUGUCCCCACUGCAGCUACCCAGAAGCUCGUGGUGACCAGUGUGACAAGUGUGGCCGUCUCAUUAAUGCUGUGGAGCUCAGUGAACCCCAGUGUAAGGUCUGCAGGCAGACUCCAGUCAUCCGCUCCUCCAAACAUCUUUUCCUGGACCUGCCAAAGCUAGAGAGUCAGCUGGAGCAGUGGCUCGACAAGUCAACCAGCACAGGAGACUGGACAGCAAAUGCCAAACAGAUCACUCGCUCCUGGCUGAGAGAUGGACUCAAACCUCGCUGCAUUACCAGAGACCUGAAGUGGGGAACGCCAGUACCUCACCCUGACUUUAAAGAGAAGGUGUUCUACGUAUGGUUUGAUGCCCCAAUUGGUUAUUUGUCUAUUACUGCCAACUACACCGACCAAUGGGAAAAGUGGUGGAAGAAUCCCAAUCAGGUGGAGCUGUACAACUUCAUGGCCAAAGACAAUGUGCCAUUCCACAGUGUGGUGUUUCCCUGCUCCCUGCUGGGAGCGCAGGACAACUACACUCUGGUCAAUCACCUGGUUGCUACUGAGUAUCUGAACUACGAGGACUCUAAGUUCUCCAAGAGCCGAGGUGUUGGCGUCUUUGGAGACAUGGCCAAGGACACGGGCAUCCCUUCUGAUGUGUGGCGGUUUUACCUUCUGUAUGUGCGUCCAGAGGGGCAGGAUUCAGUCUUCUCCUGGGCUGACAUGGCUACAAAGAACAAUUCUGAGCUGCUCAACAACCUGGGAAACUUCAUCAACAGAGCUGGCAUGUUUGUCGCUAAGUUCUUUGAGGGCUGUGUGCCGGCGAUGGAGCUACAGCAGGAAGAUAAGAAGCUGCUGGCUCUGGUGGGCUGGGAGUUGCAGCAGUACAUCCAGCUCAUGGACAAAGUCAAAAUCCGUGAUUCUCUGAAACACAUCCUCAACAUCUCUCGCCAUGGCAACCAGUACAUUCAGGUCAACGAACCCUGGAAGAAGAUCAAGGGAGGAGACACAGAAAGGCAGCGGGCGGGCACAGUGACCGGUGUGUCUGUGAAUAUCGCCUGUUUACUGUCAGUGAUGUUGUAUCCGUACAUGCCAACGGUCAGUCAAACCAUCAGGGAUCAGCUCAACGCCCCUCAGUCUUGCAUCAAUACCAUGUUAAAAGGCACCGGCACCUUUGUGUGUGCCCUGUGUCCAGGACACCGCAUUGGCACUGUCAGUCCGUUGUUCCAGAAACUGGAGUUGGAUCAGAUUGAGGCUUUGAAGAAGAGAUUUGGUGGACAGCAGCCUGAAGACGAACCCCCUAAAAAGAAGACGGCAGCUCAGAAAGCUGCCGGCACUCAGCCUGCCGCUGUGCCGGCUCCUGCUGCUGCUGAGGUGGCGGCGGUGAACGGAGUGGACCCAGAAAAAGCCAAACAGCUCACACAGGCUGUGGCUGAGCAGGGCGAGAAAGUGCGAGCGCUCAAAGCCCAGAAGGCGGAGAAGGCCGCCAUCACAGCAGAGGUGGCCAAACUGUUGGACCUGAAGAAACAGCUGGCUCUGGCCGAGGGAAAGAGCCCUGAGCCGGCUCCUCAGAAGGGCAAGAAGAAGUGAGCCAGGAAACAAAGUGAUAACAAUAAGAUGGAGGUUAGUCAGAGGAAGGGAAGAGAAAAAUGGUUUGAGAUAUGAUAGCGGAGAAUGGGAACAAGAUGUACACACAGAGAGAGAUGAGGGUAUUAGCUUAAGGCAAAGCCGUGACAGGAUCUAAGACAAUGUGGUAUUGGCACUAAGGACUAAUGAAAUGCUGGAUAGGCCGACGGGGAAAUGAAGACACACAAAGACAGAGUCAAAUGAAUACAGCUACAGAAUGGAGGGAUUUGUCCAAAUCCCUACACCAAAAGAAACUGAUUUUAUACUCUCUCCGUGAUCAAGUCAGCAUACGAUAUUAGCGUUGGAAGGUGUGUUGCGCAUUUAAAGAUGUUUUUUUAUAUCCUCUGGAAAAUUGUUAUUUUCCAUUUGCUACAAAAUACCCUUUUUAGAUCCUGCAUAUGAAUCAAUUAAGUUUGGUUAAAAAUGUCUGUACUUAUACCCUCCCCACUUUCUAAAUCACCUCGAUUUUAGAACAUUUUACAAACAGAAAUCAUUCAUACACAGGAAGUAAAAAAAAAAAAAGAAAACCAAUAAACAUAUACAAUAAAUGA